AUGGCCACUCAAUUAAAAGACCAAUUAGCCAAGCUAUAUCCAUCCCACCAAAAACCAAAAGAUUUAAAAUUCACCUAUGGUACCGCUGGUUUCCGUACAAAGGCAAAUAUCUUGGAUAGUGUGGUAUUUACUGUUGGUAUCUUAGCAUCUUUAAGAUCAAAAUUCCUUAAAGGUCAAACCAUUGGUGUUAUGAUCACUGCAUCACAUAACCCUCCUGAAGAUAAUGGUAUUAAAGUUGUUGAUCCAAAAGGUGAAAUGCUUGAACAAACUUGGGAAUCUUAUGCAACAAUUUUAGCAAAUGUUGAAAAUCAAGAUGAAUUAUAUAAUGAAAUUAUCAAAAUUUCUUCAGAUUUGAAUAUUGAUCUUGAAAUCGAAUCAAAUGUUAUUAUUGCUAGAGAUUCAAGAGAUUCAGGUCCUGCAUUAACUCAAGCAACAAUUGAUGGUUUAGAAACCUUAGGUACUAAAUAUCAAGAUUUUAAUUUAUUAACAACACCUCAAUUACAUUAUUUAGUUAGAUCUAUAAAUACUUCAAAUUUUGGUAAACCAACUGAAAUUGGUUAUUUUGAAAAAUUAUCUCAAGCUUUCAAAUCAAUUAUUCAUAAUCAUAAUAACUCUACAACUACGGAUUUCCAAAAAAUUAAAAUUACAAUUGAUGCAGCAAAUGGUAUUGGUGGUCCAAAAAUCCAAGAAUUAAUUUCAAAUUAUUUAUCUGAAUAUAUUGAUUUUGAAAUUGUUAAUAACAAUUAUCAAGAUCCUCAAGCUUUAAACGUUGGUUCUGGUGCUGAUUAUGUCAAGACAAAUCAAUCUUUACCAAAUGGUAUUAAUCCUCAUCCAUUAAAUUUAUAUUCUUCAUUUGAUGGUGAUGCUGAUAGAGUAGUUUUUUAUUAUACUGAUUCCCAAAAAAAUUUUAAAUUAUUAGAUGGUGACAAAAUUUCAACUUUAUUAGCUGGGUUUUUCAAAAAUUUAUUAGAAAAAAUUACUGAAUUUAAAGAUUCGACUAAAAUUGGUGUUGUUCAAACUGCUUAUGCAAAUGGUAAUUCAACAAAUUUUUUAACUGAUGUCUUAAAAAUUCCUGUUGUUUGUACACCAACUGGUGUUAAACAUUUACAUCAUGAAGCUGAAAAAUUUGAUAUUGGUGUUUAUUUUGAAGCUAAUGGUCAUGGUACUGUUUUAUUUUCUGAUGAAUUUAUUGAAAAAUUAUCUGAAAAGACUCCAUCAUCACCAAAUGAAAAAAUUGCAAUUGAUACCAUAAUUCAAUUAUCAAAAUUAAUUAAUCAAACUGUUGGUGAUGCUAUAUCAGAUUUAUUAACCGUAUUAAUUGUUUUAUUCAUCAAGAAUUGGAAUCCAUCAAAUUGGGAUGAUGCUUAUACAGAUUAUCCAAAUAAAUUAGCAAAAGUUAUUGUUCCAGAUAGAUAUGUUUUCAAAACAACAGAUGCUGAAAGAAAAUUAACUUCACCAAAUGGAUUACAACAAAAAAUUGAUGAAUUAGUUUUAAAAUUUAAUAAUGGUAGAUCUUUUGUUAGAGCUAGUGGUACUGAAGAUGCUGUUAGAGUUUAUGCUGAAGCUUCUACUAGAAUUGAAGCUGAUCAAUUAUCAAAAGAAGUUUGUGAAUUGGUUAAGAAUUCUGUUUGA